AUGCAGAACUUGAAAAAAAAUUGGUAAACUUAGCAUGAUAGAAUAUCAGGCGAGAUGCAAUAAAUGUUGUUGAGAAUUGACAAACUAUAAGAAUAAAUUAGCCACGAGGCUAACCUCAAUAAACGUGAUUUACAACUAAAAGAAUUGGAUGAAACAACGUAAUAAUUCGAUGAAUAUAUAGGAAAUAGUAGUGAAAUGGGUUAAUAGCUUCAAUUGAUAACUGACUUUGUUCAUCAUAUAAGAAAAAGGUUAUUAAGUGUUGAGGGGAAAAUCAAUGAAAUGAAAGAGCAACUCAAUAGUAUGGGAAACGGCAUUAAAUUUUUGAAAGGAAAAUCUGUUGAAUAACUGCUUGAAAUUCAAAAAUGGAAGGUAUUGAAGGAAGCAGCAUAUAAAUAUGUUAAAUCCAUCUAUGUGCCAUUAAAAUCAUAAGAGAGUGGGAAAAAAGAAUAAAGUAAUUUGAUGAACUUAGACUAAUUUAAGGAUAAAGUUGGUGAAGUAAAUGAGUUGUUUAUAGGAGGAAAAACAGUUAUGCUAAUACAUGGAAUAGCUCGAUUUGGCAAAAGUACAACAGCAAAGAAAAUUGAAGAAUUUCUAUGGAAGUUGCAUGAGAUUGAUCAAAAAAUCAACAAUCAAGACUCAUACCUAUUUAUAUUUCACUACCAUCUUUAAAAAUCUAGUUUUUUAAGCAGUAGAGGAAACGCUUCGUUCAGAUGAUUAUGGGUUUGAUACUCUCUAAUUGAAAGAAUGUAAAGAAAAGUUUGAGAAGAAAGAAUAAAGGUUUUUAUUGAUUAUGGAUAGCUAUGAUGAAACGAAACUAGGGAAUAUUUAGAAAAAUCUAUAUUUAAACAACAAAGUUAGAUAAAAUUGGUCAGGCUCACUUGGAAUUUUUACAACAAGAGCGAAACUUUUACAUGUAUUAAUUAUAGAGAAGGGUUUGAGCCUGAAAAAAAAAGAAAUUUAAAGAAAUUGAGCUUCUUAAAUUUGAUAAGAGACAAGCAUAUGAAUAUUUACAAAAAUAAGUUAUUCAAAGUAUUAAAUUGCUUAUUGUUGAAAUAUACAAAUGGUAACAAUAAAUUGAAAAAGAAAGAACUAUGGAUAUUAAUAAGAUUGAAUUGUCUUGGAAACAACUAUAGGAAUCAUUUUAGAAAUUUUUUUGAUAGAUCCAAGUAAAAAACUUAGGAACUUUUGAAUUCGAGAUAAAUAGAAAGUCUUUUAUGA